UUCCAUGACAUUGCUUCAUAGCAUCCCACCUAAAGUGACCUGCUUAUCACGCAGGUAUCCGUAUUUAGAACUGUGUCUUUUCAUUCCAAGUCAGUAGUAACCAGGAUCGUUCAAAGUCGGCACGAAAUCUUUGAUGACAGUUAUAAAAGUUCUUCUUUCAUAUAAAAAGGUAAACGCAGGAGCACUUUUUUCCCUCCAUCUUUCCACUUCCUGGUCUUUUCCAAGCCUAGAGACACUGGCAGUUGGGUAGAGGUUGGACUGCAUUGCUGGCUGCCGAUUGAAGUGAUCAGCUGUGGGCUGAAUCUGCCCCAGUUUCUUGAGGGUGGUACAGCCCAGGCCCUCACCCUGCGGCCCCUCGGCCUCCCCUCCGUGCAUUCCAGAACUAAGGAAGGGCGGGGGGAUGGGAGCACAGCCUCGCUCCGCGGAGGUCCACCCUCUUCCCAGGUACCUCUUGUUGCUGCACAAAUGGACAUUUGAAAGUGCUGUUGUCAAACCCUUGCAAGAAUGGAGACCUCGUCAAUGCUGUCCUCAUUGAAUGAUGAGUGCAAAUCAGACAAUUACAUUGAGCCUCACUACAAGGAAUGGUAUCGAAUAGCCAUUGAUAUUCUGAUUGAACAUGGGUUAGAAGCAUACCAAGAAUUUCUUGCCAACGAACGAGCAUCAGACUUUCUAGCUGAGGAAGAAAUUAAUUAUAUUUUGAAAAAUGUCCAGAAAGUUGCACCAAGUGCAGCACAUGGUACUGAUGAUUCCUACGAUGAUACCUCAUCUUCAGGGACUUACUGGCCCAUUGAGUCGGAUGUGGAAGCUCCAAAUCUUGACAUAGGCUGGCCGUAUGUGAUGCCUGGACUCUUAGGGAGCACCCAUAUAGACCUCCUCUUUCACCCACCGAAAGCACACCUACUUACAAUUAAGGAAACUAUUCGGAAGAUGAUAAAAGAUGCAAGAAAGGUCAUUGCUUUAGUGAUGGAUAUCUUUACAGAUGUGGAUAUUUUUAAAGAAAUAGUGGAGGCAUCAACUCGAGGGAUAUCUGUAUACAUUUUGCUCGAUGAAUACAACUUUAAUCAUUUCCUAAAUAUGACUGAAAAACAAGGUUGUCAAGUUCAACGUCUGAGGAAUAUUCGAGUGCGGACUGUAAAAGGCCAAGACUAUCUUUCAAAAACAGGAGCAAAAUUUUAUGGAAAAUUGGAACAGAAAUUUUUGUUAAUUGACUGCCAGAAAGUUAUGUACGGUUCUUACAGCUACAUGUGGUCAUUUGAAAAAACCCACCUCAGCAUGGUUCAAAUAAUCACAGGACAACUUGUGGAGUCCUUUGAUGAAGAAUUUAGAACUCUCUAUGCCAGAUCAUGUGUCCCCAGUUCAUUCAUUCAGGAAGAAUCAGCAAGGGUGAAGCAUGGCAAAGCUCUCUGGGACAAUGGCACUUACCAGCGCUCAAUUUCUUCAUUCGCUUCUGUUUCCAGCCAAAUAAACCUUCUUGGUAGACAAGACAAAAUUCACAAACUAGAUUCUAGUUACUUCAAAAACAGGGGGCUAUAUGCUCGAAAUGAACAUGAUAAAUAUAACAUAAGAAAUCAUGGAUACAAACCUCCUUUUACUCCAAAUUUUAAUGGUCCAAAUACAACCUGUCAGUAUCAAUCCAGUCAGAUGAAUGAAAAUUGGAAGAGGCAUAGUUAUGCAGGGGAACAGCCAGAAACAGCACCCUACCUGCUGUUGAACAGGGCUCUGAAUCGAGCCAUCAAUCCUCCUCGGAACUGGAGAAAGCCUUCAGAUAGUCUCAGUGUGGCAUCCUCAUCGCGAGAAGGCUAUGCGAGCCACCAUAACACACCUACCCAGAGUUUUGCCAGUCGGCUUGCCCAGAGGAAAACAACAAAUCUUGCAGAAAGGAAUUCAAAUGUGCGUAGGUCUUUUAACGGGACAGAUAAUCAAGUUCGCUUUUUGCAACAACGCAUGCCAACCCUUGAAAAUACCACAAAGUCAUUCUUGCGUAACUGGAGAAUUGAAUCCUACUUAAAUGACCAUUCAGAAGCUGUACCUGAUUCAAAUGGAUCAGGUCUAGGGGACCGGUUUGAGGGCUAUGGAAGCUCUGAGAAUUUGAAAGCCAAUGCCCUUUAUACUCAUUCUCGGCUUCGCUCCUCUUUUGUGUUUAAACCAACUUUACCUGAGCAGCAGGAAGUUAACAGUUGUACAACGAGCUCCUCAAAUUCAACUAUCAUUGGUUCCCAGGGAAGUGACACACCUAAAGAGGCCCCAGAGACCCCUACAAAUGGAGAGCAUUUGACAGACAAACCGUUGCCAGAGCCAAUCCCCCAGCUACCGCCACAGUCAGAGACACCAAAAAUGCAUACCUUACCGGUUGCCGAAAACCAGUCAGCCACCUUAAAGAAAACUACAAAUGACCAUAUAGAGUCAAACAACUAUUUAUAUACAAACUUGUGUGUAAACAAGCAGACAGAAAAUCUAAAGAAUCAACAAAAUGAGAAUAUGAUGAAAAGGCGAAGUUUCCCAAUCUUUGACCACUCAAAAGCCAAUUUAGAUCAUAGAAAUAGUAAGAAUUAUGUAUACAGUACACUUACCAGGAACCGAGUUAGACAACCAGAGAAACCCAAAGAGGAGUUGCUGAAAAGCUCCAGGAGCAUGCACAAUGUGACCAAUAGCGUGGAAGAAGAGGAGGAGGUCAUCAAGAGAGACCCUCCGAGUGGCACAACUACCAAGUCCAUUUCCAUUGCUGCUUUGGUCGAUGUGAAUAAAGAGGAACCUAACAAAGAACUCACUUCAAAGAAGGAAGUUAAGGGUUCUCCAAGCUUUUUGAAAAAGGGAUCUCAGAAGUUAAGGUCAUUACUUAGCAUUUCCCCAGAAAAGAAAGAAAAUCUAUCCAAAAAUAAAACAUCUGCCUUUUACAGAAUGUGUAGUAGUUCUGACACUUUAGUUUCUGAGACUGAAGAGAAUCAAAACCCAAAAAAAUCAGAGCCAAAAGUGGAUUCAUCUCCUAGAAGAAAGCGUUCUUCCUCAUCAAACUCUCAAGGUAGUAUCCACAAGAGUAAGGAAGAUGUAACAGUUAGCUCAUCUCAAGGGAUAAAUUCUUCAUCUGAUGAAAGUAAUAGAAGAAUACCUUCUCCAGGUCCAGUUGAAAACAAGUUCUUGGAAAGGGCAGGUGAUGCUUCUGCCCCAAGAUUUAACACCGAACAGAUCCAGUACCGAGAUUCAAAGGAGAUCAAUGCAAUUGUUCGUCAAAGAAAACCAGCUUCCUCUCAAAGACCAAGGCCCAAUGAGCUUCUAAGAACUCAGUCAACUGACCGGCGCGUUUACAGUCGUUUUGAGCCACUGUAUAAGAUUGAUAACUCUAUGCAGUCAAUAGGCAGCAUACCAAAUGCCAGUAUACACCGCCCCGAAAUAAAAUCCACAACGAUGGGCAAUAGUUAUGGUAGGUCCAGCCCAAUACUUAAUUACAACCCUAAUGUUUAUCACUCAUAUCAGCCAAAUGAAAACAAGUUUCGAGGAUUUAUGCAGAAGUUCGGAAACUUCAUACACAAAAAUAAAUGAAAUACUGCAAUUGCAAAUAGAUAUUAAAAUACAAAAUGAAUGUGACUAUAAACAUUUAUCCAAAGAACAUUGUGGACAGUUUUUAUAACAUGGAAGAGAUUUCUGUAUGGGCAGAACGUGGGGUAUGAUGUAUAUGUUUACUAAUAAACUAUGUACAGUAAAGUUAUUGCUCCGUGUGAGAAAGUUAGUUGUGCUUAAUUGUACUAUAGAUGGAAUAUCUCUGUAAAACACAUGAUUUUUAAAUGGUAAUGGUAAAAAAAAAAUGUAACUGUUUUAUCCAGCCUGAAGGUCUUCUUAAGUAGAAACUUUAGUGGAGUAUGGAUUUUAACCAUUUAUUCCAAAGCCUUUCCUUUUACAAAAAGAUCCUAAUACUAUCUGUGGCUCUUUGUAAUACAUCAUUAUGAGGUUUUCAUAUCUUCAAAUUAUGAGAAAAUAAAGCUUUUUGUUUUUAAUUGCCUUAAAUUCUACAGGAUUACUUGUUAUAUUUUAUUAAUGUUUUAUUAAUGUUCUUGGGGAGUAUAUACAACUGGUUGGGGAGCAACAGUACAAUUUAAACUAUAUGGCUGAGCAUAGUUUUUUUUAUUUUGUCUGAGAGUGUUUGCAAAGUCAGUCGCAUGUAGCAUAAGUACAUCAUAGGGCUUUGUUUUCUUUAUCCUUUGAAAACCAUGCAGGAUGUGCUUCUUUCCACUCUUUAGGGAGCCUCUCCUUCACUUACCUGUCAGCUGCUGACCUUUCAUAGUCAUUUCUUCCUUCAAACUUGUAGCAAGCCAGCAGAAAUUUGGAAAACCUGAAUUAUUCCUCUCUUUUUUUCUACUAUAAAAACUAUUAAAAAUGUAAAGCUUGGCAUGAACUUUUUAUCUUAGAUUAGUAUGACAAUGCUUAGGUGUUUUGCUUGCAAAGGUCUUUGCUGUUUUUUAUGCUGUGCCAAAUAAGGGGUGAAAGGACAGUGCUUUCAGAGGACUGCCAUGGUGACAAUGAGAAGUGGCACCUGGUCUGUUCUUCCAGGACUGUGGGGACUGAUUGAAUGUUUUAAGUCUUUUUAUAUCUUAAUUUGAUGGUGAUACUCAGAACAUAAGAUAUCCUUUGCCUUUCUUAGCGUAAUGAAAUAAAGCUUCGUAUCCAUCACAGAAACUUUAACUUGGCUUUACUUCAUCCACAAAGAACAGAACUAAAAAAACAGUGCAUCAUUUGAGAAGUGGGAAGUGUGCCUACAACACCUUAAAUUAUUACGUAACACCUUCUAAUUUGCUGUAUGGGGCAAUACUUUGUUUUAAAAAUUCAAGAUAACAGUCAAAUAUUAAUAUGUAGGUCAUGAAAUAAUUAAAAUAAUGACAUUAAAAUAUCUAUGUCAUUUAAAUUAUUUUCCAUAGUAUUUUAAACCCGUGAGAAGAAACAUGAAGGGAGAAAACAUGAUAGAAAGGAAAAGAAGACUUAACGUUUAUUGAGCACUUUCUCUAGACUAGGUCAUGAGCCUCAACCAAAAGCCACCACAACAACAUUUUGUGGGCGCCAUUGCACUCAAUAUUUUAUCGAUGAUGACCGAGGUGAUAAUUGAGACAUUGAGAUUCAGAGAGGUAAUAUGCCAAGUCACAUAACUAAUCAGUAAUGAUACUAAAGUGUCUAAAAUUAUGUCACAUCACGUUACCUUGCAAAUUUGUUCAAUUUCUGCCUCAUCCAAAUUGUUGGGAAUUAAGUAGAAACUAUAAUUCCUAACUCAACAGCAAUCAACCAGAAAGAGUUUAGUUGAAUUCUACCAGACAAGAGAAACACAGGGCUUAAAAUAAUUGUAAUAGGUGAGAGUAGGGAAUUAAAUUGAGACUGAUUUCUGAAAGUAAACUAGCAGGCCAGUUUUAAUUGCUAGGCAGCCAUUUUGAUCUCCUUCCAGCUGACCUGUGACAAUGAGAGGAAGGGAAAAGGAGCCAUGUGUGAGUUGGUCAACCUGGCUCUGUGCUAGAGAAAGAAGUCCAUUAGAGUAGGAAGCUAGUCAAGGAAUGGCACUCACUAUAUUAUCUUGUUAAAUAGUCACACUAACCCUGUGAAGUAAAUACCUCCUUUCUGAAAAUAAGAAAACUAAGCCUAAGAGAAGCUACCUAGCUAUCCAAAAUUUACACAGCUCUGAAUUGGUAAAACUGGGGCUUAAACACAAAAGCCUGUAUUUUUAAUACUCUACCACGUUAUACCUUUCUGGCUUCUUAUUCCUCUAAUGCUUGAGGAAUCUUCUUUAAUAAUAGUCACUCUCUUUUGCGCUCUCUCUCCACAAAUUGCAGAAAUAUAACAGUAACUGUACAGCAAAAGCACUUUAUAAACAUAAAUCCAGAAUAUAAUGUUCAGUUUCACAUUCAUAAAAGUAGGUUUUAAAACCCUCAUUGUACCCCAGGGAGUUCCCAAGUACUGCAACACGGGAUUUUAUUGUUUUGGUAAGCUGACUUAGUAGAUUGAAAGUUUUGCACAAUUCCUAAUAAAUUAAUAGCAUAAAAAUAAAACUUUAAGAGGGAGCAGUCAUUUUUUCACAAGAAAGGUAGCUAAGUAUAUUUAUGAAUUUUAAAAAAUAACCUUUAAAAUGUGUAUUUCCUUAUAAUCAGAUAAGGAAUUCAGUUGUAAUAAGGAAAUUUUCUAAUUAUUAGUGUAUUAAAAAUUAUUAGUUAAUUUUUAGAGCCAUCUCUAAAUUCUUUAUAGAUUAGUAACAGAUCAUUGAAAAAGCAUUUGAAUUGGGUGACAGCGCGAGAGUUUUAAUUUUGCUCUUAGAAAAUUUUACUUCUGUAAUUCUGGACCCUAGUCUUUUACCCAUUUACUAAAGGCAGAUCCCACAGUAAACCAAACCAGAUUGACUCUAAUGUAUUACCCAUUCUUUGUGUUAGAUGGGCAACUUUCAGAGAUAAGGGGAAAAUGGGCUAAUUGUCACUAGGCAGCUCUGAAAUGGGAAGUCCUAUUUAGAGCAGUGUAACUUUAAAGCUGAAAUUACAUAAAGACUAGAGUUUAAAUUAUGUUUAAUUGCAAGCAAAAGCUCGUCACUUUUUUGUACAGCAACUGCUAUCAUUCUGGAAACAUAAAUAGCUUUUAAAUAGCUUCUGAGUUGAAAUUGGUGAAAUUGGGAAAUGCAGGAUGCUUUAUUGCCUCCACUUAUGAUGGGUAGUGAGGCUUUUGCACAGCAGAUUUAUUCUCCUCUGCCUUUUUUCCUUGAUUACUCUCCUUGUAUCUUUUUUUCCUCCAGAAAUGUCUAUGUCAGAAUCUGUCCAUAGUGAAUUUCCAAAGUUACUGUGGCUGGGAAACUGCUCCAGGUUAAGAGUGAGCAAGCACGUGAUACUUCACAUAAUUUAGUCAGUUUAAGUUUUAAACAGACACGCCAAACUUCAUGGAUGUAUUCAUUUCAAGCAAUAUACUUUUCUUUUUCUCCCAAACUCAUUUUGGUGGAAAGAUAAUGUCAAGUGAACAUACUUUCAUACUAAAGUUUGGUAAGGUAAUGUUUACUCUCUACAUACAAUGUACAUACAAGUACAUUGGUUUGAGAGCAGAAACAAACAGAAAAACAAUAGGUGUGAUUUCAAAGUAUUGGGUUGUUGGAAAAGUCAUGAUGCAUUUUUGCAACCAAAAAACAGAAAAAAUAAGUCAUGACUUUUCCGACAACCCAAUAUAAUAGUUCUAACAGACAAUUUCAGAAUAGUUUAAGUGCUUGUACCCGGAACAUGUUGAUAUCUCUCUAUUAUAAUGAUGGGAUUAGCCACAAUUCUAACAUGGUGUAUUAAAAAGUAUGGGUAUGUGUUGGUAGCCUCAUAUGUGGAAGCAAAUAUUUAAUCAAGAUGACAUCUAGUGUGAUCUAGGUAAGCAGGAAGAAGGUUGAACUCUGAUUUGCAUUCAACUUGAACUUUUCUCAAAAUUAUCCAGUUAUUCAACAAUUAAUCCGCAGAUAUUUAUCUUUCGUGAAUAUCUGUUGAUGCUUAGUGUACCUAUGGCGAAAGGGUAUAAAGUAAUCAUUGUUUCAUGUUAACUAUGUGUGAUGCUGUAUUUUUUUUUAAAGUUUAUCAUAUUCAGUUUGGUUCUAGAAUAUUUAAA